UAGGAGCGGAGACCAAGUACUUGGCUGAGAGGCAGCGAGUGCACAUCACGCUGAAGCCGGGAGUGGGGAGAGAGAGGCGGAGAAGGUGCAGCUCCUCCCCAGCCCUCUGCCCUGCCAGGAGAUGGAAGAGGAGGUGGUGAAGAAGGGGCUGCUCUACUUGCAGCAGCAACAAACUUUUGGGAAGAAGUGGCGGAAAUUCUGGGGCGUGCUGUACAAGGAGUGUGCCUGCAGCCCUGCUCGCCUGGAGCUCCUCGAAGGCUCUGGGCCUCCAUCCAUGGAGAAGUCCAAGAAAGGGGAGGGCGGCAGGCGCCUCAUCAAGCUGAGCGACUGUGUGCACGUGGCGAAGGCCAGCGAAGACGCCAGCAGCCCGAAGGAGACCACCCCUUUCCUCCUCGAGACCACCGAGAAGGGCUUCCUGCUGGCAGCAGAGAGAGCCGAGGCAGCCGACUGGAUCCUGGAGCUGUGUGAGCACGCUUUCUCGAGAAGCAGGGAAGGCGGGAAGGCGCUGCUGGAGCGAGGCCUCUUCCAAGGCCCAUCGGCUUCCCUCACCAUUGCAGAGAACUCCCUCUACAGCUCCAGGUGCAAAGAAGCUUCUCUCUUCCCUGUGACCGUGAGGGCAACCCCGGCCUCUGAGCGCUGUCAGCUCUGGGGGUGGUUCCUUCUUUCCGCCACACCUGACGCCUUGGAACUGUGCGACACGCAGGAAGGCACCGCACUCUACUCCUGGCCCUACAAAUUCCUGCGGAGGUUUGGUCAUGACAAGCUGCUGUUCUCCUUUGAGGCUGGUCGCAGAUGCUCUUCUGGCGAAGGCUGCUUUGAGUUUGCCACCAAGCGGGGCGGCGAGAUCAUCCAGGUCAUCGAAGCGGCCAUCCAGGUGCACAAGGACGCGGAGGCCAGCGGCCCUCCUGCUCCCUCCUUGGGCGUCGCUCUUCGGGGCGGGGCCGGCAGCCAGGCCAAGGCGGGCGAGGAAGGGAGCCAGCCGGGGGACAAGGCCCAGGCUCCGGACAGGGGGCUGCCCUCUCACCCAGCCAGUGCCAAGGCCCUCUCCUUGGAGUCCAGCUGGCCGGGGAAGCCGGCCAAGGGCAAGCCGGCCAAGCCCAGCAGCAGCUGCCCCCUCUCGGGCCCCACCAGGGCCCCUUACAAGGAGCCGCCUUGCGCCCCCCGCCGGCCAGACUCCCAGGACGGGGCAGGGGUGCUGGAGUGGGCCGGAAAGAGGACCCUGCCUCCGGUCCGAGUGGUGCCCGAGUCGGAGUACGGAGAGCCCUUGGACACCCUCGCCAGGGGGCGGGCGGGCAGCGACGGCAGGGCUGGCACCGAGGAGGCCCCCUCCCCAUGCGGAGCCUAUGACCGGAUCGACGACCUGGGCCCGGGCCCUGCCCAGAGCCAGAAGCCGGAGCACAUCUACGAUGAGCCGGACGUCCUGGCCCACAUGGUUUACGAUGAGCCCCAGGAGGUAAAGGGGGAUGCCUGGAAGCUGCAGGCCCGGGCGGAGGACCCCGUGGGCCACCAGUAUCCCUACAACCCCUGGCUAGAUGACUACGCUGUGCCCAAGAUGGCCCAGCUGCCCAGGAAGGACCUGAUCGGGCUGGGAGAAACUGGCUGUGGCAGGAUGGUGCUGAGCCUGAAGAAGAGGAUGAAUCAGCAGUGAAGGAGGGACCGUGACGGGUGGGUGGAGGAGAGACGGGCUGGCUGGAGCAGCAGUCCUGAGGCUCGCUUGGUCCCAGCUCUCUGGCAGUAGCGGCCCAUCCUAAGAAGCCGGGGCGGGAUGCCAGAAGGAGGCAGCUCAGGCCGCUGGGGGGCUCCUCUCUCUCCUGCCCUGCUUGAGGGCUGCGGCCAUUGGUCAGGUGGAGCUGCGUGGCCAGCCUCUGUCCACCUGGCGAAAGGCCAGCCUCAGGCCGCACGAGCGGGAGAGAGAGGAGCCACCCCAACUGCCCCCUGUGUGGUGCCCCCCCCCCGCCGGCCCCAUAGGCCAAGCGGCUGCUGCUGUCUGGAGCGCUCUUCUCGGCUCUCCUUUUCGUUUGGAGCCUCCAGAGAAAGAGGCCGAGUCACCAUUACUGGGUGGGCGAGAAGACCCAGCAGCCGAGAGCUUCCAUGGGCAGCGAGGAGGAGGAGGAGGAGGAGGAGGAGGCUUGUGGCCAUUUGGGAGGAGGGAGGGAGGGAGGCCGUGGCACUGCUUCUCCUUCUGGAGCUGUCAGUCGGCUUCAGUGAAGGCUGAGGUGGCCGCCUGGGAAACCAGCCCCUCCGCACUGGGCAGCUGCUCCUCCGAGGAGGCAUCUUGGCUGUGAAGCGGCGCCUCUUCUUCGCACAGCUUCCAGUGUCAGCCCCCCCCCCCCCGACAGCAACGGCAGAGUGCUGCUGCCGUGGGGCCUGUCCUCGCCCCCUGUCUCUGGGCCCCAGCAGCGAGGCCCUCCCCGGGGAGUCCGGCUGGAAGGGAGGCCAGUGGCUAGCAGAGGCCCCGCCAGCUGCCUCCUUGGCAGCAGCCCCUGGCAGGAC